GUUCUUAACACGAGAAGCUCCUUCAACGUCAGGCACCUCAGCGUCUACCUGCAUUUGGGCAAUCAGUGAAAACAUAUAAAACAUGAUGUUUAAAAGUUUGGUCGCGUCUCUGUCGCUGCUGGUCGUCGCAGGAGUGAGUCACGGCCUCCCAGCCGUCGUCACGGCCCCUCCUCAAGUGGCCGCCCAGUGCCCCUACACGCCGGGGCCGAUCCCUCUGCUGCUGCCCAACCCCGUCGACUGCGGCUCCUUCUACAUGUGCAGCUGGUACGGGACGGCCCUGUUGCAGCACUGUCCUCCUGUGCUGCACUUCAACGCCAAGCUGCAGGUGUGUGACUCUCCUGAACAUGCCAACUGUGUACAGAGAACCACAGCUGCAACUACUGCUGCCCCCAGGCUCUAA